AUGCUUAUAGGCCUAUUCACUAGGGAUGGGCCUUCGCCACUUUGCAAGCUUUGCUUCCCUCCACUAACCAACCAUGAACGACCUCCACCCUACCCUCCCAUAGAUCCAACUACCUUCGACCUGAUCGUUAUAGACGGCCUACCUGAAUCCAUCGCAGCCGCCGCCGCCUCCACUGCCUCAAAAUCCGUCCUCCACCUCGAUCCUAAUCCUUUCUACGGCUCCCACUUCUCCUCAAUCCCUCUUACCAGUCUAUCUUCCUUCCUCUCCUUCCACUCAACGUCACGCUCACCCUCGCCCUCAUCCAACGGCCAUCACGAUUCCACCGUCUUGGAUUUCGCCACUCGUCCUCUCUACUCCUCCCUCGACAUCUCCAAUUUUUCCCCUCAACUCCUCGAUCAACACUCGAGAAAGUUCAAUAUCGAUGUGGCUGGACCAAGGGUUCUCUUUUGCGCCGACAAAUCCAUCGAUCUGAUGCUAAAAUCCGGAGCCAGCCAGUACAUGGAGUUCAAGAGUAUUGACGCCAGUUUCGUAGGGGACGACAAGGGGAACCUCUGUGUGCCGGACUCGAGAGCCGCCAUAUUUAAAGACAUGAGCUUGGGACUCAUGGAGAAGAAUCAGUUGAUGAGGUUCUUCAAGCUGGUGCAGGGACAUUUGGCUGGCGAAGAGGGCCUCAAGAUUUCGGAGGAGGAUUUGGAGAGUCCGUUUGUUGACUUCUUGAAUAAAAUGGGAUUGCCGCCCAAGAUUAAAUCGUUUAUACUGUAUGCAAUAGCAAUGGCGGAUUAUGAUCAAGAAGAUGUCGGAGUUUGUCAAGAUUUGCUCAAGACAAAAGAUGGAAUCGAUCAACUGGCUCUAUAUAAUGCUUCCGUUGGCAGGUUUUCAAAUGCACUCGGGGCUUUGAUAUAUCCUGUCUAUGGGCAAGGGGAACUAUCCCAAGCCUUUUGCCGUCGUGCUGCUGUCAAAGGUUGCCUUUAUGUAUUGCGUAUGCCAGUUACUUCAUUGCUGGUGGACAAGGAUAGUGGGUGUUAUAAGGGUGUUAGAUUAGCUUCAGGUCAAGAUAUAUUCAGCAAGAAACUAAUCCUUGAUCCAUCCUUUACGGUACCUUUGCCAUUGGGCUCACCCUCACCACAUCCACUGCAAGAAAAGCUUCCUCUUUUCAGUCUUAGGGAUGAUAGAGGGAAGGUAGCAAGGGGAAUAUGCAUCACAAAGACUUCUUUGAAGCCAGACGUAUCAAACUUUUUGGUUGUAUAUCCUCCAAGAUCAUUGUUUCCCGAGCAGGUUACAUCAAUCAGACUCCUGCAGAUAGGUAGCAAUGUAGCUGUUUGUCCACCAGACAUGUUUGUGAUAUAUAUCUCGGCAUUAUGUUCUGAUGAUGAUGAAGGAAAGAAGUUACUUCAUGCAGUCAUGAAUACUCUUGUUACCCUUCCUGUUUCUACAAAUUCUGAGAGCAAUGCUGCAGUUCAAAGUAAGACUGCAGAAAGUGGUGGUGCAGCUCAAAAUGAGACUGCAGAAAGUAGUUUCACCGUUCAAAAUGACCUUGGAGAAGGAAAACCUACUUUACUUUGGAGUGCAUUGUAUAUUCAGAAGCUUACUUUGGGUCAAGUUGAUUUUAUCUGUUCAGGUCCCAUGCCAGAUGGAAAAUUGAACUACAAUGAUCUUUUAGAUGCAACUGUUAAGUUAUUUCAGGAGAUUUACCCUGACGAAGAAUUCUUUCCGGAGACAUCCACCUCAGAAAUUCCAGAGGAUGAUGUCCAAUUCCUAACUUGCCGUGCCACUUUGCAGACAUGCGGCCAAGGUCCCAGGGUAGUUGGUGAGCAAAGUUGGUUUGGUGCCUUCUUACUGACAUUGAUGAUCUCUUCUUCUUCUUCAUGGAGUUGUCUCAAGACCCCUUCUCUGACAACUCUCCUGGUCUUUGAAAAUACUAACAACAAAGAGUUGAUCAGAAGCUUGCAUGUAUACCGAUUGGAGAAUGGGGAGGAAAAUGAGGUUGAGAGAGAAUUUGUGUUCAGAAAAGAUGGUCCCUAUGUGGAAAUGGCAACAUCCCCACUUCUUCGAUUGCAGGGGCUUCGACUUCUGGAGCAUUUUGAAGGCAGAGUUAUCGGUUUGUGGCUUUGCGUUUUUGCAUUUCAUGCCCAUCGUCUACCUCGCUUCUUCUUCAUUCCUUCUGUACUCUCCAUUUCCAGAAAUCCCAAGCUGAAGUCUAUCCCAACACUGGCCAAUGAUCUUCAAGUGAUUUUCCAGAGGGGCUGUGGCACACAAGAUAGAGGACCAUCCAGGAAGUCAUCUAAGGAAUCGUGCACAAGGGAUGCAGAUAAUUACUGCCAGUCAAAAAGAAGUCUGCUUGUACUUGAUCAAGAUCUUAACUGCCUCCCUAAUUCAAUUGCUACAUCUGAAUUACUGAAAUCUCAACAUACUGAACAAGGUGUUGCAGUGAAAAAGAAAAAGAGAGCAGACUCUAAGGACAUAGCCAGAAUUGCUCUUGAAGAUCUUGCAAAAUACUUUGAUCUUCCAAUAGUGGAAGCUUCUAGAAAUUUGAAUGUUGGACUCACUGUUCUGAAAAGAAAGUGCAGAGAAUUUGGUAUUCCUCGCUGGCCUCACAGGAAGAUCAAAUCCCUUGAUGGUCUAAUUCGUGAUCUCCAGGAAGAGGCAGAGCAGCGGCAGCAAGAGGAUGAGGCUGCAGCCUUUGCUGUAGCAAAGAGGCGAAUGAUGUUAGAGACUGAGAAGGAAAGUAUAGAAAGAGAACCUUUUAUUGAAUUAAAGAGUGAGACGAAGCGGUUCAGGCAGGAUAUUUUCAAGCGAAGACACAAAGCUAGAGCUCUUAAAAACCAGUGCCUAUGAGUUUUGCACAAUCCAGUGACGGAAUUAGACGGUAAUACAUAG